AUGUCCGAAGUUGUCGAGUUCAAAGUCGGCAUGACGUGCGAAGGAUGCUCGGUACAACAGCUACGAUAUCUUUAUGAUUCAUCUCAUCAAUCACAAACACAAGAAACUUUGCUUCUUCGUCUUUACUUCUACAUUUUUAUCUCAAGAAGGAAGAAAAAUAGUUUUCGGAGAUUCGAAACAGAAACUCUUCUACCACUUGAUAUUCCAUCUUUUCGGAGAUUCGAAACUCUUCUACCUCUUAGUCCAUCCUGUUGUUAAUGUUAACUUAAUUCCUCAGGGGGCGGUAACGCGAAUAUUGACAAAAAUAGAUGGCGUCAGUAAGGUGGAUUGCGACAUUGAGAAGAAGGAAGUUCUCGUCACUGGCAGCAACCUUGACGCCUCCAUGAUGCUCGAAAAACUGCAGAAAUGGGGAACAGCGGCAGAGAAAUCUGUAGAACUGGUUGGGAAGAAAUAGGUCAACAUGACAGGCAUUGUUGUAUGUCGAAGUGGAAUGCAAGAUCAUCAUCUUAACUUGCCGUGUGUGGGACUGGGUGUAGAUGAUCGGAAACGCUAAGAAUGUGAUGAGUGUUGUUUGAUGUUGAAAAUAUCGCUAAGGAUCAUGAUCGCGCUUCAUAUCGAAGACUCGCACGUGAUGUUGCGAGGGCAAUACGGUAAACGUCAAGCGUUAU